AUGACAAACGAUAUUUACAGACGAAAUAUCAACCGCUCGGAAUCAUCCCCCAGGGACGAAUACGUCGGCGACAAUUCACAAGGUUAUCAAUACCAUGGAUCACAAAGCGGCAGAAGCCACCACUCCCAAUCGAUCAGUCUCAAGGCUAUCAAGAAUACUUCGUUGAGCUGUGCAAAGUCACUCACAAAUAAAAUCAUAUCCAUGUCAAACAGCGGUAUACAAGCAGCGUCAUCUGCCAUCAACACAUAUAAGGAAAAUGCUGCAGCCAAUGCACGAAAAGCAGCCAUGGCAAACCCAAAUUCGUUCUUACGCAUAUCAGAACGUAUAUCAAAUUCAGGAGACCCUAUAGCAUCGCAUAGGGAACUGGUCGCUGUCAUUGAACAUAUACUCACAUGGUCUGGGCAACCUGCACAAAUGAUAUUAGAACGGGAUAGGUUUGGACAACCAACUAAUGAGAGUAUGAGUAAAAUCAGGCUUAUAAACGAUUAUCUUCUGGAAAAGGUUAUAAGCUAUGUACAGGGAAGAAGAGACUGCUGCCUAUUCAUAGUCAAGUUCGCUACUUGGAGGAUGCGAACUACACACCAACCAGAAGAAAUUAUACUAUCAUUAGAGCUUCUAGAACAUUGUAUGGAAUGCUUUGGCGGGUUCUUCUUAUCCCUCAUGACAAAAUCAUGUAUGCGACGGUUCAAACGGCUUUUGAAAAUGUCAAAAAUAACGACAUCGAUAGCAGGAGGGGUUAAGAAACAACUCACCAAACUACUGGUUGGAUCCUCGAAUGUACAUCCAGGAGUACCUAGUGAUGUACGUAUACAUGUUAUCAAAGCAAAAAUUAGGUACAUGGUACAACUAUGGCAUGAUGUUUUCCUUCUGGAUCAAGGGCUUUUCCCUGUUUUCUUCCAAGGGUACAGGGACCUUCGUGAAUGUGGUAUCAAAUUCCCACAGAUAGAUCCAGCGGAACAUAAGAAAAUCAAUUUAUCACCCGUUGUACCAAAAACUAAGUUCACUGUGGCAGGAGGGGUCACACUCCCACUAUCACCAGAGGAAUUUGACUCAAUAUUGUCAACUGUACAAAGUCUUACCGAUAUGCCCUCAGGGGCCGAACAUGUCGCAGCUUUGAAACGUCUUAAUGAUAGCAAAAAGAGGAUCGUAGCAAGUAUCAACAUAUUGGCAGAGAGCCGAGCACAAGUUGCCGAUAUGCACAACUACGAGGAUGUCAUGCGUAAACUACUCAUGCUAAAUGAUUGUAUAGGUGCACAUCUACAAGUAGGUGGCGAUGCGGCAGUUGCCAAUGCGAAACUGAGGAAUGUCCUGGAACAUGUGCGCAUGGAGACCUCACGCAGGUCAAGCUCUUCAAACACGGCUGCUCCAGGUGAGCCUGCAAAGGCCAACCUUCUGGAUCUCGAUUCAUCAUCAGAAUCGGAUAACGACGAUUUUAACGAUUUUUUCGGCAACGAUAAGUCUGGAAAUACCAAAAAGACUGAUGAUGAUUACGACAAGUUUUUUGCAGAUUUCGGCGUUUUCACAAACUCAACAUCGUCCUCCGCGCCGGCAAAAACAGAACGCGUUGAGUCUUCACGCAGUGACCGUGGGAAUGACUAUGUUUCAGACCUGGAGUCACUUAACUUCGAUAACCCUAUCGCCACACCGAGCUCAAACAUCAGCAUUAGUGCCGCCGCUCUAUCCUCAGAACGCAGUAACACACAUCAGACAUUAUCUGAUGCAACGUCAAGUAGCUCGAUAGACUGCUUCAAGAGAUCUACUGGUAGUGCAGUGGAUGCUUCGGUGUCAAGGCAAAACAACCCAUCGGGUGCUCAGCCACAAGCCUAUUCAUCCUCCAAGGAAGGUGAGGAAGGCAAGAAGAAUUUGAAUGAAAUGGUCAACGAAUUGGAUAACAUCGACACGGACUUCAGACAUAUGUCCGUUACAAGUGGCAAUGUCAAGAUGGAGAACGCACACGAUACCGCCUAUACAUCUAUAAGCCCUGAAGAUUGUAUACGUGAUGGACGAUGUCCAUUAAGGUCACUCUGGACCCAAAUUAUGGAAGGAAUAAACCGUGAGAAUUUCGACCACUGGUCGUUUGUUGGUGGCGUCUGUUUUGGCACAGGAAUCAGUAUAAUACUCACAAGAGCUCUGAGAGGGAUAUUCUUGGUAGCUACCGGCGGUCUAGUAACGACAAUGCUGCUAAGCCACUACGGCCUUAUAUCGAUCAACCGUGAGGCCAUGUCUACAACAUUACAAAAUGGAGCUCAAGCUGUGCGUGAGAAACUGGAACUAUUUUUCCAGAACUACGGAGGGCAGGUACAGCUACUCUCUGAGAAUGUUCUUAAAGGCAAAAUACCACGAAACCGUAUUAUAUCAGCAAUGAUAGGUACGGGUAUAGGUUUUGGAGUAGGGUUAAUUGUGUUCUAA